GCGCUGACAGCCGAGGAUUGCUUCUGCAGACCUUCCUAGGAAAAGCUCCUUGGCCCCUUUCGCUUUUAUUCCUUCGACCACAGCAUUGGCCUCGAUCCUCGCAACCACAGCCACAGCUGCAGAGCUUUCGGCGAGCUACCUCGUAGACGGGACCGCCAUCGGGGCGCCGUUCCAUCAUGGCGCGCUCCCACACACGCCAUGUCUCCUAUCCCCGCCUACUCGUCUUGGGCGUGGCCAUCCUGCUCUCGCUCUCGAGCACCCCUGCGCUCGCCCAGUCCGGUGUACUGAACACUUUGACCAAGGUAGCCAGUGCCACGGCCACCGCAACCAGUGUCGCCGCUGCUUCGAAUCCUACCAUUGAGCUCUCAAAUACCCAGGUCCCCUUUGUACUUCAGGGGCCUGCUCCAGCCCAUGUGAACCACAGAGGAAGGCCUCGAGUACAGAAUGAGUUCUCACAAUGCUCAAACCUCAAUGGCCUCGACAUGGCAGAGCCUCAGAAUAGGCUCAACUUGUCGGCAGUCUAUGCACAGUACGAAGACUCUCCGGAGAGUAGCGUGCUGGGCGAAGCUCCCCACAAGGCCGUGCUACGGAUACUCGGCGUGGGCGAGAUCGCCAGUCAGGCAUAUGGAGCAAAUGCGAGCUACUUCAGUGCAAUUCAAGCCACCACAAAUUACCUCAACUUCGGCGUCUUCAGCAAUCUCACCUACCUCUGCGAUAACAUCUACCCUACUGCCCCAGACACCACUCAGGAGUAUGUCGGUCACAGUUCCUGUACAUACGGACCUGGAGAGGUCGCGUUUGAAGUCAAUGUACCUCUCAAUGCCACCUACCAGAUGGGGACACUCUGGACUCAGAUCCUCCUCAUAGACUACUCUCAGCCGGCCCGAGUCAUCGCCUGCGUCGACGUCCCCGUGUCCCCUUAUCUGGACGAAGAUGCGUGGUAUUGGACCCUGAUGUUCUGGCUGCCGAUAGCUCUCUUUGUCGGCUACUUUGUGUCAGUCUCGAUGGCUCGUGCCAUCACAGCUGCUACGACAAGGUCUAGGGCAUUCAAGAAUCGUGCGCGAGAAGGAAGCUCGCCUUCCUUCCUGAGGGAUCAUCUGAACCCUGUCAUCAUCUCGGCGCUGAGCGGCCAGGGGAUGGUCCUUUCACCGGCUCUGCUACGCUUUGCUACUCCCGGCUGCUGGGAGAUCCUCUUUCACUUGCAAUUCGUGGCGAUGCUCGGAAUGCUUGCCGUCAGGUGGCCCGAUUUCAGCUACCCCUUCUUCCGCCAAGCAGCUUGGGCUUCUCUCCUCGGCAAUAUGACUCUCAUCCCAAACGAAAGCUCAUACCAAUUCGGUCCAACAUUUUCAAAUGCCACCCUGCCCACCGGAGAUAUCGGGACGCAGAUGAGCACUCCUUCCAGCAUCCUGUACAUGGACGCCUCGGUACCGCAAGCACUGCUCAGCCUGGGGGGCAAUGGUCCUUAUACUGGCCUCUCUGCAUUCGCUUCCAUGAUCGGACUUGACGACUCCGGACUCUUCUCGACGUGUGUCGCCAUCUGGCUCAUCGUUGUCGCCAUCUUUGUAGCAGUGGCCAUUGUAGGCUGGUUCAUUGACACAAUCGCAUUGGCAGCGACCAAGCUUCAACGCAGGAGAGAAAAUCGACUGGACUACCAAUUAGCAGACCCUGGCGCGGCUGGCCUUCACUCGCAGAAAGACGGCGAGCUGUUCAUGGAUGCCGACGGCAACGUCAAGGAUGCGAGGAACUCCUAUUAUGGAUUCCUCGGGUCCUGGCCUCGAGGCUUCAAUCCAAGCCCACACCUACACUGGGCUGCUCUGCACGGCAACAUUGUGCGAGCAGUGGUCAUGUUCCACUUGCCGAUCACCAUUCUCUCGGUGAAUCAGUUCGCCAAUGCAAGUGAGAACAAUUUCUCCACCAAGUCCGUCAUUCUGGCUUCGGUAGCAUUCGCCAUCAUCUCAGUCAUCCUCCCUGCAUACCUGGUCUGGCGGAUCGCAUCGAGCCCAGCUCGAAAACUCUACGACGACAUUGAGACUCUUCUGGCCCUGGGUCCGGUCUACAACACCUACUCCCCCGGAAGUCAGCUCUUCUAUGCCGUGACGCUGUCGUACUCACUGAUUGCCGGCAUCGUUGUUGGAGCGUCGCAGCGGUCUGGCUCGGCGCAAGCCAUCAUCCUCCUCGUUCUUGAAGUAUCCAUGGGCCUCGCAUCGAUGCUCUGGCUUCCUUGGGGAGAAGGCGGGAUGAUGGGUCCGAUCUGCUUCUUCACCACCGCUCUACGGGUUGGCUCCGUGGUCCUGGUGGUCCUCCUCACCCCGAUCGUCGAUCUGUCAACGCGAGCCUCGGCAUGGAUCACCUAUGUCGUUCUGCUACUACAAGGCAUCUUCUUCGGCGUUCUCACAUUGAUCUUUCUCGUCAAGAUGCUUGAAGCUAUCAUCAGGAUGCUCUGGAGGGUACCCUACGAUGAGAAGCUGAAUGCUCGAAGUGGCGGAAUCGGCGGAGCGAUCAGGAUGAUCUCAAGAAGGAGGGAUAAGAUUCUCCAGAUGUCGAACCCGAAACGAAGCAGGCGAGGUACUUCCAGCGGAGGCUUCAGCAUAGGUCACAAUAGCUUGUCAGACAUGCCCAGCAUGAAGAAGGGCGACUCGCUGUCUGGCCGCUCGUCCAUGAUGCUCGUUGGACCGGAAGGCUACGCCUCAGGAAGAGACGCAAAUAUCCCCCUCACCCGCUCUAGGCAAGCGUCCUUUGCAAGCUACCUAGACUUUGCCAAUGCUGCCAAUGCCAAUUCGCGCCUGUCACCAGGAGGAGCUGCACCCUUGACCAUCGCAGGCCGGCCUACUUCAGCUACAUCCCCAGGCGGAGACUUCUUCACUAGCGCUGGCGCCUACAAUCAGUACCUCCAGUACGAGCGCAACGACGACGAGAAGCAGAUGAACAACAGCGCGCCGCUUUCAGCCCGCUCUCCUGGGGAGGGGCUGCCAACCCCGAUCGUUGGCUUCGAGCGUGUCUCAGGCCGGAGAAUUGGCGAGACUGGAGCAGAGUACGCCCCGGUGGGCAGGGGACCUGGCGGGCAAGAGCACAAGGAGAAGAGGUCUGCGAGUGGCAAGCAGGCUUCAGAGCUGAGCAGUACAGCCGCUGCUGCCUCGUUUGCCCGAGCUCAAUCGCGCCGCGAGGCUCGACUUGCCGCUUCUGGCUCUACCAAGGGCAAAGGUGCAGGCGCGCCAUCGCGUCGUCGUUCCAAAUUCUUGUCUAGACGAAAGGAACCCUCAGAGGAGGAUCACCUCACGUCGGAAGAGGACGAGAGCAAUUUGGGCGGAACCUGGGGCACCUCUACCCUCAGCACGCAGCAUGGUCCGUGGAACGGUCUUGCUAAGAUGCAAGCGGCUUUGAGCAACUGGAAGGAGAAGCUCGGCGGUGGCGGUGAUGCAGAGGCAGGCAGAGGUGGCUUGGGCGGAAUCUCCGAGGACGAGGGGAUGAUGUCUCCUGGUCCCUCCAGUGGCUUCCAAGUGAUCAGGGCCGCACCCAGGGGUCGAGGUUCUCGCCUUCAGCCUCCAGCAGACAAGGCCGAGAGGGAGCUACAGUACAGCAAUGAUGACCUGCUAGACUCGACGGCGAUGGCGGCCAUGGCCUCGAGUUCUCGCCCGCCCUCAAGCCUAGGCCGGAGUGGGGGAGGACAAAACACCCCGCCUUCUGCACUUCCUGCUGCACGCGGAGAGGCAGAGGAGAGCCGUCGCUACUCGACGGGCAACGGCCUGACGAUUACCCAAGAUCGGGGAUACGCUGGCACGCCCGGCUCUGGAUCCGCUCCGGGAUCAAACGUCUCUGCUGCCCCCGCCCAGCGGCCCCUCUCGGCCACUGCCGCAUCUUACUACGACCCAGCAGCAGCGUUUGGCAUCCUUGGUGCGGAUCUGGCACGCGCACUCACCACUUCUUCCUCUGAGGGACAUGUGGAAGAGGAGCUGGGUGGUGCAACAUCUGGACGAGGAGGUGCAGGAGGGAGGAAAAAGGCAAAAGACGAAGAGCGCUUCUGGCUGCCGCCAACUCGCUUUGGAACUGGUGGCGAGGGCGUCUAUGCUUCUUCUUCUUCUUCUCCUGCUACCGGUGCUGCCUCCGGUGCUGGUGGUGGUGCUGCUGCUACUGCUGCUGCUGGCGCUGCUGGAUCGAGGAGCGACAACCGGCAAUCCCGCAUCGAGUUGCUGGACCCAGAGGAGGACUCGCUCUGGCAUGGACUGCGCUGAAGGAAGGACAGGAUGUUUAUCGACACUCGAUACUUCACACUCGAUACUCGAUACUCGUUAUUUCACACUCGACACUCAUUGGCCGCACGCACGCAUGCUGUGCACAAGGACGUUCCCUACACACGCAUUAUACUGAUUACGCGCGACAUGAUAGAACAUUCCCUCUUCUUUUCGAUUGUCCUGACCCCUGAUCCCUUUGCAAUUCCUUCCUCCUGUAUUCAAAGUCUUCGUCCUUACUCUGUCUCUUCUCCUGCCCCUGAGCCCUUCUGGUAUUCUUCUGUCCGAGCGAAACUAUGUACAAUAUUCGAAUCGAAGCGAAGUCAAUUUACAAUGAGCAGGCGUCAAGAAUUGUGCGUCAGCUUCGGUUUGCUUUGUUCUGGUCUGGUCUGAUUUGAUCUG